AUGGAUCUGCCCUGUCAGAAGUGGAUUAAACAUGUGAAGCAGAGGUGGACCGAACUGGGAUCAGCAGGAGGAGAGAGCUUCACUCUGCUGACUGAUAUCGAUGAGCUGUUCCACACUGCACAGUCGCAAGUGCAAGAAGAGGAUCUUAAAGUUUUGGCCAGUAUUUCGGAGAAGUACCAGGUAAAGAAAUCCUCUGAAGAUGCAGCCAAAUGCAGGGAGCAAGGCAAUAUCAGCUUCAAAAUAAAGGACUACAUUUCUGCUGCACUGUAUUACACCAGGGGUGUGUGUUAUGCCAUAAAGAAUUCAGAACAGAUAUCUUUAUGCUAUGCCAAUCGUUCAGCUGCCCUGUUCCACCUUGGUUUCUAUGAUGAAUGCCUGGUGGACAUCCAGCGGGCUUUGGAUGAAGGUUAUCCAAGCCAACUCCAGCGCAAACUGUUAGACAGGCGGUCACAGUGCUUAAAUCAACUUGAAAAGCAAAAGCACUUAAAAACACUAUCUGCUAAGUGUGAAACACAAGAGACUAAAAAGUCAAAGGAUGGCAAUAGCUGUCUCUCAUCUACAGUGUGUGUUCACUUUUCUCCUGAAAAUGGUAGACACCUAUUGGUCGCUGGGAGCAAGUCAGCAGGAGAGGUCAUUUUUCAGGAUGAGGCCUUUAGCUUGGUUCUCAUACCUGACAAUGGACAGAGUGACGAAGUCAAUGCAUUCGGAACAGAACUUAGACACUGCCAUCACUGUCUGUGUGAGACUUUAAGCUCUGUGCCAUGUCAGGGCUGUAGCUAUGCCCAAUACUGUGGACAGAAGUGUGAAAAGGAGGCAUGGAGGCAGUAUCACUGUUGGGAGUGCCCAAUUGGCUCUGAGCUGAAGUCUCUGGGCUUGUUUGCACACUUAUCCUUGCGAGUUACCCUAAAAGCUGGAAUUAAAGACGUCCAGAGGGCAAGAGAAAGGUGUUCUAACUCAGCUAAUUAUGUACCAGAGGUACAUUGUGCCAGAAGUGAUGUGUGCAAUAGCAAAACUGACUCCAUACCUGACAAAUGUUCUGAGUCUUUUGCUCAUUCAGGUUGUUUUAAUGAAAAAUCAUAUUUGGAUAUUUAUAACCUGUUACCAUAUGUGAAUAAACAUUCUCCCAGCUUGCGGUUCCUGUUAGCUUUUACCAUGGCAGCACUGUGUCAGAGACUGGAAUUGGCACGGCCAGCAACCUGUGAGUUGCAAAAAGGGAGUUGUUGCUGGGGACACGAGAGGAAGAUUUUGGGACCUACAGCUCUAAGACAUAUGAUGCAGCUUCGAUGUAAUGCUCAGGCUGUGACAACAAUUAAAGUAAAAGAGUCCAGCAGUCCCAGCCUAGCAGUCCAGUCCAGUAAGGAAAUUCGCAUUGCCACUGCAGUGUUCCCCAUUCUGAGUCUGCUCAACCACUCUUGCUGCCCUAACACAAGCAUCUCCUUUAGUCUGGGCUUUAGUUCCAUGGGAAAAAGUGGACCAGUUUCUUUUGCUUCAGGUGUUACAGUUUCUAUCCGAGCGAGCCAAGACAUUGCUGCGGGACAGGAGCUGUUGCACUGCUAUGGCCCUCACUGUAAGAGGAUGGAUGUUAAAGAGCGCCAGCGCCAGCUGAUGGAGCAGUACUUUUUUCAGUGCCACUGCCAGGCUUGUAAGCAGCAGCUUGGUGAUGAAACUAGAGCACUACCCUUAAUCUUGAGUGGGCUCAAGUGUGAAAAAUGUGGAAGCUCCCUUCAGAGCAGAGUUGAUGUGCAUGUAUGUUCACAAUCAUCCUGUCAUCAUCACAUCUCGAAUGCAGAACUGGAGGAUAAAAUUCAGAUCUUAAAGCAUCACAUGACCAGUGCUUUACAGCUCAUGAAGAACCAUAAAUAUGAUCAGGCUAUAAGGGUGUUACAGGAUGCGUCCACUAAGGCAAGCAGCAUUUUAAUGAAAACUCACCCUCUGCAGGGGGAAAUAGCUGAUGCAACAGCACGUGCCUAUGCCAGCUUGGGAAACUGGAGGCAGGCUGCCUCACAUUUAAAGCAAAGUGUUAUUGCUGUAGGUUGCCAGUAUGGAGAGGACAGUUUGGAGCUGGGUAGGCAGCUCUUUAAAUUGGCUCAGCUACACUUCAAUGGUGGAGAUAUACAGUCUGCUUGCUCAGUAAUUCCUAAAGCCCAGCGCCUCCUCAGCCUUCACCUUGACCCUUGCUGUGAGGAACUGCAGGAGCUUCAGGCUAUGGAGGCCUGCUUAAACAGUACAUCGACAUAAUUACUAGGUUUCAAUAGCAACUUGUUAUUAUUUCCAUGUUAACACUGCCUUAUGUAGUGUUAAAUACAGUAUAUGUGCCUGUACAUGUAUUUUUUUUUAAAUAAACACAAAUACACAGAA